UGUGUUCAGGAAGAUGAUGAAGGGGAGGAGGAAGAGGAGAGGGUAAUGAAUGCCGACAAGAAAGCAAAGAAGCCAGCCCCAGAGCAACGGAGACUGGCUAGGAGCCCCAAGUGCGCUCGCUGCAGGAACCACGGCGUCGUCUCCUGUCUGAAGGGACACAAGAGGUUCUGUCGGUGGAGAGACUGUCAGUGCACGAACUGUCUUCUGGUGGUGGAGAGGCAGAGGGUGAUGGCAGCCCAGGUAGCUCUGAGGAGGCAGCAGGCCACAGAGGUAAAGAAAGGUGUGAAUUGCAAGGAAUCAACAGCCCCUGUCCGCAGAACAUCUUAUCAGCGUUACCCCCGGAUGCCCAGCCUCCUGGCAAAAAGCAUAUUGGAAGGUUAUCGGCCUCGCCAGGAUGACAAUUUCUCCUGUCCAAACCGUUUUGUUCUACCACCACUAAGUGACAGAAUGAGGAAAAGGAGAGCAUUUGCAGACAAGGAGCUGGAAAGUGUGAUGCUUGAGAGAGAGUACAGAGAGAGAGAGUUACAAGAAUUUACUGCAGUUCAAGCGUUCACAAGACCCUGUGUGGAAACUGUCCCUGAGUACAACUUACUUAGGUUCAGCUACAACCAGUUUCUUGACCCAUCACAACUUAACCCUUCAACAUCCAGGGAAUUACUGAAUUUUUACAUUCCUCUUGUGCACACAAACCCUGCCCUCUGGGACUUUGGAACUCAGUGUUACCAAGGAAACAUUGAACAAAGCAGGGGUUCCCAUUCAGCAAACAUGGCAGGCUGCAUUUCUGAACAAGCAUCAGGCUAUACUUCAGUAUGGGGGCAAAAGUCUACAGCAGUCAACAAUUCAUUCUAUUCAAACAGUACGCACAAUCAUAGCAACUUACCUGAACAGCUGGAUCCUAUGCAGAAAAUUUUAUCAAAUGGAAAGCUAACCGCAAAGGAAUUGUGUUCUGGUCACAGAGAUUAUUGCACUCAGGCAAAAAUUACAAAUAAUAUUGAUUCAACCUAUGAAAGUCCAGCUGUCCUUCUCUCCCAGAAAAAGACUGCAGAACACAUAGGUCUGUCUGAAAAGCAUAUUUUACUGAAAAAUUACUUAACCCCAGAUUCACAAGUAGUUCCUGAGCUGAGGAGUAAAUCUGCUCCACAUAGCUUCAUUGCAAGAGAAACUUUAAGACAAUUUGCAAAGAAAACACAGGACCAUUGUUCUAGUAGUCAAGUAAGAAUAACUAAACAGCUGCUACCAUUUUCCGUGGAAUCCCUUUUGAAAACAUAA